UCAAAUUUUCAAUUAUUGAAUUUCUUAGUUCAAUAUACUGUUCCAGAUUUUAAAAUUAUUUUAGAAAAACUAAUCUGAAUAAAAUCUUUAAAGUCAAGCUCAAAUUCAGACUUAUCCGAACGAAUACAUUUAUUUUAUUUACAUAAAUAAAUAUAACUUUUCCCUUUGUGUUUUCUAUUUAUUAAUUGCAUUUUUAUUUUGUUAUGUUACAAGUCAACAUAUACCUAAAUAUAUUAGGUAGCAUUUAAAUAUAAAUUUCUUGACAACUUAGUUUGUAAUAAGAGUGACCUCGAGAUGUUGGAUUCAUCCCCUGAAGAAGAGGACUUUCCUGGAAGAUUGCUACAUCAAGUACACAUAUUUCUUUUAUUUUGUAGUUAUUUAGUUAGUAAUGUAGUGACCCAUUCCCAUUUUAAAAGUUCUUAAAAUUAUUUAUUAAUAUGGACACUCCUCAGAAAAAUGACUCAAAAACUGCUUAUAAGACUGGCAUAAGUGUCUACUAUGGCUGCAUUAUGGGACAAUACAGAACUACUAGAAGAUCUUUUGGAAGGUGGGCAACAAACAUUCUUGAACUCUCAGGACAGUUGGGGCAGAACACCACUUCAUGCUGCUGUGAUAACAGAAGAUUCAAAAUGUCUGCAUCUUUUGUUAAAUGCUGGUGCUGAUGCUAAUAUGAAAUGUGGGCCUAGGGGGGAGUAUAAGACGGCCUUACAUGUCUGUGCUGAAUAUGGUCAUUCAAAUAAUAUGAAGACUUUGCUUCAGCAUAAUGCAGAUUUUCGUAUAACAGAUGGCAAUGGUUUCACACCCUUAGAUAUAGCAGAGAAAUGUGGGAAUACAGAAUGUGUUGAAUUGAUUAAAGACGCGGCCGAUGCCAAAGAAAAAGCAAGAUUGGAUAUACAUGCUGCCAUUGGGCACGCCUGUUCCCAAGGCGAUGUUAACUCAGUCCAACAGCUCUUGUCUUCCUUGCAAAAAGAUGCCGAACUUAUCGUUAAUAUGGCACCGAGUGGGGCCAAUACAUUAUUAUUUUCUGCCUGUGAAACUGGUAACCGCCAAAUAGUGAAAAUCUUGCUAGAUCAUGGUGCAGACGGAAGGUGCCAUUCGGUUACCAAGUAUUCUCCUUUAUAUAUUUCAUGCUAUCAGGGACAUCGGGAAGUUGUGGAGAUGCUUCUCAUUAAAUUUCCUGAGCUUGUUCAGCAACACACAGUCGAAAGAUGGCUUCCAAUUCACGCGGCUUGUAUCAAUGGACAUCAUCAAAUAUUGGAGCUUUUAUUUUAUUUUCCAUACCCAUCACACGUUUUACGUAAAUAUAGGGAUGCAACAGAACAGUGGGAAUAUUUCAUGCCAUUUGACCUUAACGAAAGAGACGCCACAGGCCAGAAUAUCUUGUAUGUUGCAUCACUAUUAGGAAACAAGAAAUUAUUAGAUGUAAUUUUAAAGUUUAAAAUUAAAGCUACGCGUAUUAUACAGUGUGGCAGCUCUGGCGAGGAUGAUGAUUUGACUCCUCUAUCUGAACCCGUUGUGAGCCCCACGAGAAGACGCAUUUCUGAUGGAAUUAUGAGUUUAAUGUAUAAAUUGCAUCUUUCUACGGAUUGUUCUGCUGAUAAUGAGUUUCAGGAUGGAAACACUAGAGCAAUCUGCCCGCUACGUAUUGAUAUGUAUUGUAAUAACAAUACGGAAACAGCCUUGCAUGCCGCGAUAAGAGGUAGACAUUACGACAUUACUCUAGCAUUGCUAAACGCAGGUGCUAAUCCUAAUGCUCCUAUAAAACCUUACCACAAUGUGAACGAGGAUGGCAGUUGUUGCUCAAUAGAAGACGAUUCCAAUUAUUCAUCCUCAGGUUUAGUCGAAGCUUGCAAAAAUCGAGAUGUAGCUAUUCUCGACCUUCUCUUAAAGCGAGGUGCCAGAGAUGACGAGUGUAAAGCUUUAAGUGUUGCUAUGCAUAAUAAAGAUGAAACACUCAUAUCAAAAUUACUUGCCACUAAGGCUCAUCCAGACCAAGAAUACAAAAUUAACAAAAAAUCAAUGACUGAAAAUAUCAACUCGUCACACAUCACCAUAUUUGGCAAUGUAUCAAGUUUGACUUAUUCCAGUCUUUUCCCAAAUACUCCUACGAUGAUAAAUUGGCACAAUCAAAAAUGCGGUUUAUUGGAAAUAAAAAUGCAAUGGAUUAUAGAUGCUGCUUUAAAUUUAAAUCCUAAAUUAAAGCAAAACCCUCGAAGUUACGAUAUGGCAUUAUACUCUAUCACUCGAUUGGAUAUAUCCAGCAACAGCUUAACUAGUGUGCCUUUAGGAAUAUUUCAACUGCAAAGUUUAAAAUACCUAAAUCUAUCACAAAAUAAACUGGAAAAGUUACCAGUUUCUGAAAAAUCACCAGUAAAAAAAGGCUUUAAACAUAAAAAGAAAAAAGACGAGCCUGGUUACAAUUGCCCUUUACUUGAAGAGUUAUACCUACAAGAGAAUAGACUAAACCAGAUCCCAGAAGAUAUUUUUAAAUUGCCAAGUUUGAUUACUCUAGUUAUUUCCAAUAACAAAUUACAACAAUUGCCUUAUGGGAUGUGGCUGGCUCCCAAAUUGAAAGAGCUUAAUGCAUCGUUUAACUUGCUAAAAGAGUUGCCUACUGUUUCAAUGGAGGCAAAAGAAGACUUAGAUAAAAUAAGCGUCAGUUCAAGCGACAGUCAAUUAUCAACGUUAACAGAGCCCGACUGUGAAAAUGAAAUAUCCGAGUUCGAUAAAAUGAUCUGUUCCGAAGAUUCCGUCCAUACAGUUAAAUACGGAAAGAAGGAAAGGUCUUAUCUGCAAUUAGAUCUGAUUCGGCAUCACCUUUGGAAUAAAAACAUAGAAGUGACGGAGCAAAUUCUGCACAACGAUGAAACCUCUUUAGAAAAAUGCUCACAGCUUUCUGCUCUAAAUCUUGCUCAUAAUCUUUUUACAAGCAUUCCAGUUGUUUUACCGUGUCUCGCAGUAAAUCUCACGAGGUUGAACAUGGCUUUUAAUACUUUACGUUCAAUGUCCCAUAUCACUAGUUACCCCAGUUCUUUAAAGCAGCUGGAUUUGAGCCAUAAUCAAAUCACUGUGUGGCCUAGUCUUCCACAAGUUGAGGCUCCAGAUAAUAUGGAGCUCGCUAAUUUAACGUGUUAUAUGGAUAGUUCAGCUUUUAAAGCGAAGAGUUCCGAAGUUGGUGUAAGACGUCAUUCGACAAGAUCAGUGAGGCACACAAUAUUACACUCAGUUUGCGUUCAUAGACGCCACCUACGCCUUGACAAUCUAAGAACUUUGAUAUUGGCCGACAAUCAGCUGAAUAGAAUUCAGCUUAGUACAGACGAUAACGGAGAUAUUAGUUCUGCGGACGACGACGAUUCUGAUAAGAACCCUCAGUUGGCCAAAGCCAGACUGAUGUUCCCAAAUUUAUCGAUGUUGGACAUCAGCAAUAACAAUAUAAAGGAGAUCCCAAGUAAUAUAUAUGAGUUAAGCAACUUAUCCGUCCUUAAUAUUAGUGGAAACUUAGGCAUCACGGAGCUACCGUCGCAAAUGGGAUUAUUAUCGCGUUUGUGGAACCUGAAUACCCGCGGCUGCUCGCUACAAGAUCCGCUGAAGUUUAUGAUUGAAAGCAAAAAAUACAAAACGAUGGAUAUAAUCGGGUAUCUAAAAUCGGUACUAGAAGAUGCCAAACCUUAUGCCCGUAUGAAAUUAAUGAUCGUAGGUGUGCAGGGCAUUGGAAAAACUAGUUUAUUGGAGCAGUUACGGCAAGAAGGCGCGACUAGAAAACGACCAGAACACUGGGGCAAAAGAAUGGGUAACAAAAACAUAAAUAUUAAGACAUCUAGAGGUACCACCCUUUCCACAGUAGGAGUGGAUAUAGGAGAUUGGGUAUACGAAAAGAAAAUCAGAAAUCAGUCAUUACACGGUCCUGUUACUUUUAGAACAUGGGAUUUUGGCGGACAAAAAGAAUACUAUGCAACACACCAAUAUUUUCUGUCUAAACGUAGUUUGUACCUCGUCGUUUGGAAAAUUUCUGACGGUCAUAGAGGCAUAAACGAAAUCCUACAAUGGCUAGUAAAUAUUCAAGCACGAGCGCCAAAUUCUCCUGUUAUAAUAGUAGGAACACAUUACGAUGUUGUUCAAGAGUUCAACCCAAAUAUCUCAGAAGAAUAUCAACAAUUUAUAAGAGAUAAGUUCAUAAAUGUUGUGGAUGCUGAAAAAAUGGGACUUCCAAGAGUUCUGGACACUAUUGAAAUCAGUUGUAAGACCAGGCAUAAUAUUAAGCUACUAUGCAACCUAAUAUAUGAUACGGUCUUUAGUUUAAGACCACCAGGAAGCAAAGAGCUUCUUUUAGAACAAAAAGUUCCUGCCACUUAUUUGGCUUUAGAAGAUAUUGUGUAUUCAGUAGCUGCAGAGAGGAGAUCGAACGGUUUGGAUCCAGUAUUAACUUGUGAACAAUAUAAAAUGAUUAUGGCUGCGGAAAUGCAGCAGAGGUAUAAUAAAACGUUUAGAGAUUGGUCCGAGUUACAUCAGGCUACAUUGUUUUUACAUGAAAAUGGGGUUCUAUUACACUACGACGAUGCAACUUUAAAAGACCUCUAUUUUCUGGAUCCUCAAUGGUUAUGCGACAUGCUAGCUCAUGUAGUAACAAUAAGGGAAAUAAAUCCAUUUGCCAGGUCUGGUGUAAUGAAGCUUGAUGACCUGAAACAUGUUUUUAAAGCGAGUAAUAUUGGCCCUAUAGAUACCAGAGGUUAUGUGGUUAAUUUGUUGAACAAAUUCGAAGUGGCCCUUACUUGGGAUUCGAGGACUUUAUUAAUACCUUCGUUACUUCCUUCUGAGGAAGAUAUGAUCAUAGCACAGACGUAUCCCGGACAAAUGGUCACGCCAUUGGUUAAAGUUAAUGUACCAUUAAGGUCACGCGGCUGGGCAGUGAGAAGCAAAAAACUUACUGUAUCGCCAAAGUCUGUAUUAUUUAAGGAUAAUUCUCAGGGAUUUCAGAUGAGUUUGAAUAGUAGUACAACAAAAAAAGAACCACCCCUUCAAGAAAUUGAAUACGAAAUUACAUCAAAACCAAGCGACAAAUUCAUCACGAGACUACUUUUGAUGUCAUAUUUUCCGUCUGGUUUUUGGUCACGGCUCAUAUCAAGAAUUUUAGCAGAUGACACAAUUAUCGAUAUCAUAAGAUCCUUCUUUGUUUUACCGAAGGAGGCUGCUCAAGAUCCUUAUCUGUCUAAAUGCUUGGAUUUAAAAGCUGAAUGGGUUCUUUGGCAAACUGGACUUCAGCUUAAAUAUGGAGAUAUUACUUUAUUUAGAAUGAAAGAGGUUUUACAUAAUACCGCCGCACAUUAUAGACAGUUGAAAUUUAAACUUAAACAAGACAACGUAUGGUGUGACGUGGACCUUCAAGGCUACUCUAUACUAGAAAUACACUUUCCAGUGGAAUCUUUAGUCGUGAAACCUAAACUUACCGAGCAGUCUGACAUUGCGCAAUUUAAAAUUCAAGAUGAAUUGGUUAUUCAUUGUACCCAAGAGUCUACUACUCAACUCCUCGCCCUCGCUGUAGAUCAUAUCGACAUUUUGCUGGAAGAUUGGUACCCCACGUUAGGUACUCGUUUUGUUCAUACAUCAGAGGGUAAAUUUCUGGUUACCAGACUGGUACCAUGUCCAGAGUGUUUGGGUCAGCAAGAAACCGAAUCAUUUGAUACGAGCCACCCCUCUACAUCUCAUACGCCCGAUUUCUUGCAAGAAUACAAUGGGCUCAGAGUAAGAAAAUCUCAGGAAUCCUAUACUUCAGAAAAUGAUAGCGGGGUCGAUCCAGAUUCUAGUGUUUCCAGCAGAAACGUGUCCAUGGAAGGACAUCCCAAUGUUCAUAAUGUUGAGGAACAAGUAUCAAAAAGUCCCACGUAUUACUCUUGGUUAGUGGAAGAAUGUAUUUUGGCUUCCUAUAGUGAAAAGAGCGUUUUAUGUCCGACACAUGGGAAUAUUACAUUGGCUAGGAUUGCUCCUGAUACAAUGUUCCUCGACCUAGGAGAAAGGUAUAUAAUAAAACCCGAAAAUAUAAAACGAGGCAAACUACUUGGCCGCGGAGCAUUUGGGUUCGUUUUUAAAGGAGCUUGCAAGCUUCGUGGCUCUAAUACAAUGAUAGACGUGGCAAUGAAAAUGCUUCAACCAGUUCAGCCUGGAUCUAAUGCCCGACCGUCUGCUGUGAUAGCCUACAAGGCUGCUCAAGGAAAAUGGGAUAGAGACCCGUUUCAAUAUGCCUGCAAAGCGUAUUGUACUGCAAGGCAGGAAUUAAAUAUAUUGCUCAGUCUAAGACAUCCAAAUAUAGUGCCUUUUGUGGGGAUUUGUACUUGUCCUUUGGCGCUUGUGCUGGAUUUGGCGCCUCAGGGAGCAUUAGAUCUAGUGUUGAGACACUAUAGAAGGUCUGGAGCAAAGGUGGGGCCGUAUACCAUGCAAGCGAUUAUCUUACAGGUAGCAAAAGCCGUCGAAUACUUGCAUCGGCAACAUAUCAUCUAUAGAGACUUGAAAUCUGAAAAUAUUCUCGUGUGGGAUAUGCCUCCGCCAUUUAUCGACCAUCCAGAAUAUCCUGUACAUAUUAAAGUGGCUGAUUAUGGUAUUAGUCGUCUUACCCUUCCAUCAGGCACCAAAGGAUUUGGUGGCACAGAGGGCUUUAUGGCACCAGAAAUAAUGAGAUACAACGGUGAAGAGGAGUACACAGAGAAAGUCGACUGUUUUUCCUUUGGAAUGUUUAUUUACGAGCUUUUAACCUUGCACCAACCGUUUGAAGGUCACGAAUCUGUUAAAGAUUGCAUAUUAGAGGGAGGAAGGCCACCACUCACAUAUAGAGAAACGUUAUACCCAAGCUAUUUCCUAGAUUUGAUGGUGAUUUGUUGGUCACAACAACCCAAAGACCGACCAACAGCUAGUCAGAUUGUUUCAAUCGCAAGCGCCCCGGAAUUCACACAUUUAUGUGAUGUGGUUUCUUUGAAACAUCCGGCAUCUGUUGUUGCUUCCACUAGUGCAGCUCUAACUAAUAUUACUGAUGAUGGACUCUCUGGAUCAGAAAUGUGGCUGAUGUGCGAAAAUUCUAGGAUAGAUUUGCUACUAGCAGCCGAUCGUGGGUGGUUGCAAUAUCACACGAUGACACUGCCUAUAAGACCUUCUGCUACAUGCACCGUUGGCGAUACUGUAUGGAUAGGCGAUUGCUCAGGAUCCAUUCAUGCUUAUUCAUCCAGUGAUGGAAGAAAACUCUUUUACUAUGCCCUGGAAACAGAGCCCGACUCUCAAGUUCAAGCUCUCAUGUAUCUUGCCCCUUUCAAAAGAGUUGCUUGUGCCCUUUCGAAUGGCCGAUUAUUUUUAGUUAAUUCUGAGAUAAGACCUGUUACGCCCACUGCUGCUGAGGGUACAUUUGUAAUGACAGAGCUGGGAUUGACUUCAGGAAUCAACUGCAUGUGUGCAAUAUUUAGAGAAGCAGAGAGUUCCUGCGAGCUCUGGUGCGGAGGCAGCAAUGGGCAAAUCACAAUCUACACAAUAAAAGAUCAAGUAGUGGCAGGUCAUGAAGUCUUGAACCACUACCAACCAGUAAUCAACUUAGUAGAUGUAAUGAAUUUAGUGUCAACGGAGCAAAAUGUUUGGUCCUAUGUUAGACCGGGCUGUGUUGUUUAUCAAUGGGAUGUAAAAACGCGCAAUAUUAUCAAUAAACUUGACUGUUCGAAGCUAGUACCCUGCUCGGAGAGUCUCAAGUCGAUCGCCAUUGAAGAACAUUUAAGUCCUACAAACUGUCAGGUAUCAACCCUAGUAGCUCUUAAUGAUGAACUCUACAUAGGCACAACUUGGGGUUGCAUCAUUAUUGCUGAAAAAUCGACCUUACGACCUAUCACCAUCUUCAGACCGUACGAAGAAGAAGUUAAGUUAAUAGUUCCUUUAGUAUUACCAAAGAACAUGAACGAAAGUAACGAAAAUACCCCGUUAAUCGCCUCUAUAGGCAGAGGUUAUAGAAAUCUUUUAUCCAGGUAUACUGACGUGCCAAUGCCCUUAAGGGUACCAGUUGUUAGUUCUAUACCUAGUAAUUAUACCGCAUAUAUAAAUCAACCAAAUAUGUUUAUUUUGUUAUGGAGGGCGGAGCAUUGGAAUGCCGUUUGAAAUAAUUUCAUGAAAUAAGGUAUAAUGAGAGAUUUUAAUGCAAUAAUGGUUUGUUUUUUCACAAAGUUUAGUUGAUGAAGCUGCUAUUUAACUGGCUUUUUGGCGAUUUGAGAUUUUAAUAACAUUUGAGUCAAACAUAAGACGAGAAAUUGCAUAAUAUAAUUGUUAUUGAGUCGAAUCUCAACGUAUAAAAUAUAAAUGAGUUCUUAGGCCUUUUUAUAAUGUAAGUUUCGACCAAGGUUGUAUAUGAAAAAUGCAAUGUAGACUUAUGUGGUGGGAACUCACGACGGGUGUUAUCACGAGCUAUAUAUCAUGGCGCGGUAUUAUACUUACCUAUACUUACAGGGAAUAUCUAAAAAAUAUUUUUUAGAUAUGUCAAAAAAUGUGCAUUAUAAAAUCGAAAAGAAAAUCCUAGCAAGUUCACUUUUUUCAAUUAAACACCUUGCAUAUUUUUCCUAAAACAAAUUUAUACAGAUUUUAAAAAUUUGACAACUAAUGUUUCUAAUAUACUUUCAAAUAGUUUUACCUGAUUGCAGCCGGACUAAGAUCUGAAUGAUUUUUAUUGAGAACAAAUAUUUUACUUUUAAUUAUGCAUCUUAGUAUGCAAGAUUUUGUUUAUUUAUUUAAACCCAAAUCAUAAUACAAAGCCAAUUAACAAAUUGAUUAACAAAAAGUUAAAAAAUAAAUAAAUAAUAGAUAAAUUUUAUUUUCGACAUAUUCCACCCAAACAUUAUCAAUUAUCUAGAGGGUAUAUAUCGGGAAAUUAAUAAUAUUUCACUAUAAUAAAUUUCAAUUAAAAUACAAGACAAACAAUAUUAAAAAAAUAGGUAAACGUAAAACGUAAUUAUAUUACAAAAUCCUAGCAGCAUUACAAAAAAUAAUCGCAAUAGACCUGUUAUUUGAAACGUUUUUUUUAAUACUUUGUUAUUAGAAUAGCAUAUUUUAAUAAUCGGAAUUUGUAGAUUUGCGUAUACAAGUAAAUUCAUGUAGACAUGCGAAUAGCACAUAUAUUUAUAACAUUUAAAAGAGUUUUUAUUGAUCCCUAAUUGAUACUUAGUUACGAAAUGGGCGGUUAAAAAAAAAACUAUUAUUUUUAGUUUGCAAUGAAAAUCACUUUCCAAACUUGACGAUGCUUCUCUCAACCAUCAAUAAAACCAUCUUCCGGAUAUUGUAAAAAAAUUGUAGAAUUUUUAUUUUUGCUUAUGAUUGUUUUUAUCUUUUAAAGUAUUUUAUAAUUAGUUAUGGAUUGGUUAGAAACAAACUUUCAUAAAGGACCUAUUUUUAAUUUAUUGAUAUAGUACUUUUUCUGACUAAAGUAUUACGGUACCUAUAUUUUUGAUACUUUUUAAAUGCGAAAAUAAAUAAUAUAGAUAAAUGUGAAAUUAAGGGGAU